AUGCCGACGCUCCGCCGAAGAAAUCGUGCAAUUUAUCUCUUCACUCCGGAAAGAGAACUUCCAGGAAUUCUGGCUGCCCUACAGCGCCUUCCACCUCACAUCCACCGCCACUCUUCUCGUCCGCUGCGCGUUAGAAACCACAGACACGGACGUAGCUCGCUCCUAGAAGAGGAGGAUUGGGAUGUAGCGGACAUGUGUUUGGACCACUGCGAUCGGAUCCUCAACAGACUCCCUGGCAACGGAAGCACCCCUGACCUCAACUUCAGUGGUGUUGUGCAGCCUGAUAAUUGCUUGGUGAAUCCGGCUGCGAUUUCGCUUCCCGAGACGCAGACGAAUAAUGAUAUUGUUGACGACAUGAUGUCCAUCUCGGGGACUUUUGGUACGAUGGACGGUUUCCCGUUUGAUAUGACAGGUAUCUGGGAUGUCUCUGUUUUCCAGGACGUGAAUUUACCAUGA